UUCAUCGAUUGAGUUUGGCAACGUCUUAAAUGCAUGGCGGAUUGGCGACUUUGACGUGAUUUUUUGCAUCGGAAUCGAAAAAAGAGAAUGUUGGUGACGUUCAAAACCCUUCAGAAUACUACGUUUCAAAUUGAAAUUGAUCCUUCCAGCACGGUCAAAACUCUAAAGGAAAAGAUAGAGAAAGAAAAGGGUGUUGAUUAUCCAGCUGUCGGUCAGAAGCUCAUCUAUGCAGGGAAAAUACUUGAUGAUGUUAGUGUUUUGUCUGAACAUGGAAUUGAUGAGAAAAAGUUUAUCGUCAUUAUGGUUACAAAGCCCAAGGCUAGUGAACCAGCUACUACUACCCCAGCUGAGACCACAACACAGCCAGCGGCCACACCUGCUCCUGUUGUAGUACCAGCUGCAGCUCCAGCACCUACAUUGGCAGCUCCACAAGGAGAUGCUUCUGUUUCAACAGGGUUAUUGGCUGCUGAAUCAGCACUGAUUGUUGGGGAUGAUUACAAUCAAAUGGUUCAGAACAUUAUGGAUAUGGGCUAUCCUCGUGAUCAGGUCGAACGGGCUCUUAGGGCCAGUUUUAACAACCCCGACAGAGCGGUCGAGUAUCUUCUGACUGGCAUACCUGACAGAGCGGACGUUGGUGAAGGUGCCCCGGGUGGUGGUGGUCAAGGUCCCGAUGAAGCAGCACUCGAAUUCAUUCUUGGUGGAAGAGGGCAAUCGGAAGCUGCAUUAUCGAUGGAAGGAGAGGGUGAAGAAGGCGACGAGCUUGCUCCUGGUGAAGAUCCCCUUGCUUUCCUGCGCAGUCAACCUCAGUUCGCGCAAAUGCGACAAGUCGUCCAACAGAAUCCAUCUCUUCUGAAUGCUAUUUUGCAACAAAUUGGUCAAACAAACCCUGCACUUCUUCAAAUGAUUUCACAAAAUCAAGCAGCCUUCUUUCGAAUGUUGACUGAGCCCUCUUCAGGCACAGCAGGAUCAGCUAGCGUUACACCUGCUAGCGGUGCUCAACCAGGAACGGGAAGCGGAAGAGCAGCAGAGUCACCUCGUCAGGGCCAGGAAGAAGGUGCUGGAGACUAUUUUGCUCCUGGUGUCAUACAUGUUACACCCCAAGAUAAGGAAGCCAUAGAGAGGUUGAAGGCAUUGGGUUUCCCUGAACAUUUGGUAGUACAGGCUUAUUUUGCGUGUGAGAAGAACGAAAACUUGGCUGCUAAUUUUCUUCUUUCUCAAAACUUUGAUGACUGAAUAUUUUUGACUUGCUGGAAGAAAACAUGCGAGUGGGGGCGGUUACGAAAUUGACGGAAGAGCUGCUGAGUUAUUGUAAAGUUGCCCAAUUUUCUUCCUGUAUCGAACGUUUGCUCUAGCUGUCACCAUCUUUUCUGUUUCUCUACUUUUCCACUAGAGUGGCGUUCAUUUUGCAGUUAAUUACUUGCUGUUUCCCGCAACAAAAUAAAACCCUGUAUUGUUUGGAAGAGCGUUUCUUGGGUCAUUACUUAUUAAAAAAUGCUCUGAAAUGUUCUUUAAAAAAAUCUUUUCUGUGUUGUGCCGUGUACCAGCACUUGCCUUUCUUUGAAAAUAGGAAUACAACAGCGAAAGGAUGAAA